GUCGUCGCUCGCUCUCGCGCGCUCGCUUGUUCGACGGGCGCGUCGGCAAUUGUUUGGCAGAAGGCCGAGGGCGAAGAUUCGCGAGGUGCAUGACCUGAUCGUUUGCGCGGAUCGAUCAGGUCAGAUUCCCCGAGCGCCCGGAGGUUGCAUUGGAGCUCUCGAGGCGAUCCUGCUGCUGCGGGGCCGCUCGAGCUGCGGAGAAUUAAUUGGUCGGUCGAGGUCGAGGGCCGUCGCGAGGCCCACUGGAUCCCGCGCAGGCAUGUGUGCUGCCGCUUGACUCAUGGCACUGAUGGAGAGAAUCUGAAGGUUUUAGGGCUCGUGAGGACGCGGAGGAGGAGGAGGAGGAGGAGGAGAUGGAGAACUGAGGCUGAUUCUGGCACUCUUUCUGGAGGUUUCGCUACAAUUUAUGGGCGUUUGCGCUUCCAAAGCUUGGUGUUCGUCCAGGGUUGAUUAGCAUGGUCCGAUCGGUUGCCACGGCUUUCGGAUGAGGAUCCCGGACUUGCGUGACUUCAGUACAGCGCAACCUCCUGAGUGACGGGAUUGCGAUCGCAUGAAAGAGUAGAUCAUCAUCUGCUGAUUGUUAUGCUAUCUGAGAAGAUGUUUGGAAAUCUUCGCCUGCAGCGUGUUCCGCGAAGACUAUGUGCUCAAAUUCCGCUGCCCUAAAUAGUUAGUGGUUGGAUGGCUAGUGAGGACGCAGACAUGGGUAGUGGAUUGGAUGACGAGGAGGCACUCAGUGAUUUUGAGGAAGAUGACUUGGACGCAGCGCCUGUGGUUUUGGUACCUGCAUCCGCAAAUGUCACCCAUUCUGCUGCCGACAACCUCAAAUCCACCCUGGCCGAGCUCGAGAAGGAGAGGCAAGCUCGCAGAGCAGCCGAAGCUGCCAACGCCGAAGCGGAUUCUCAGAUAAAACGCUUGAAAACCUUCGUUCAUGAAACCAUCAGGCAAAGGGAUGAAGCUAUCAAAUCCAAAGAUGAGCGCACCAGGCAACUGGAGGAAGCAUUGCAGUCGAAGGAUGAGAUCACCAGGCAUAGGGAUGAGAUCGUGGCCCAGAGGGACGAACUUUCUCGACAGAAGGAUGAAAUUCUUCGAGCACGCGACGCCUCCAAGUCUGAAAUUGCAGAAGUUGCCCGGAUUCUCGUGACGCAAGCGGAUAAGAUCAUGUCUAUCGCCAAUUUGGUAAAACCCUUCUCUGGAGGUCCUUCAAGGUUCCCGAAGGCUACUGGCCUCGUCGCCAUUGCUCUUGGGUUUGGAAUGAGAAUGGAAGAGGUCGUGGAGGAAGUUGUCAGGCAGCGUGAAGAAGCUGUCAAGAGGAGAGAUGAAAUCCGUUUGCAAAUGGAGCAACGGAAUUACAGCAUCGCAAUCGAGGUUUCUGAACUAGAGGCUUCAAUUACUCAGUUGAAGGUGCAGGUGAGUGAGAAGUCCUUAGAACUAGAGAGGAAUCAGAAGCAGGCCUCGGAGGCAGAGCACGCGUUACAGGAACAAUUGGGGAGGACGAAUCAAGAAGCUGAAGAUUUGAAGAGGAGGGUCAACGAGGUUGAAAACCAGUUAUCACUUGUGAAUAAAUGUAUAUCUCAACAUGUACAGUAUGCAGCUAAAGCCAGAGACAGCCUUCUGGAUGUUCUGCAGUUAAUGCCUUACGUUUCUGAAAGUGAUGUGGAGGUCACUGUAAUUGGGGAAGAAGGACUACAAGAGGAUCCUCUAGCGAGUGUUCGGGUACUUACAGAGCUUGCUGGUAAAGUGGAGAGUUACUGGAAGCAAAAUCAAGAGGCCUUCGUCAAGCAGAAAGAAGACUGGGAAGCUCAUAUGAAGAUGCUACUUGAAGAGAAAGACGAUCUUGUUUCAAAGAUGAUCUACCUCGAAAACGGAGACUCGGCACUAGGAGAGUCUCAGUCUGUUAUGGAAAGCAGAAGAGGAGAUAUAGGAUUGGAAAGAUUGUCUGAGGUUUCAGUACGCCUAGAUGGACAUGAAUCUGGAGAAGGAAAUGAGGGUGUAUCAUCAAGAGAGUCGGAAGCAGCUAAUGAAAGUGUCUCAUCAAAUCAAGACAAUUCCGAUCUCACGAGUGAUGAUUGUACAGAUACACACAAAAUGAAUGGGGAAGUACGUCAGCAACCUUCCAUGGAAGUCCUCCAAGAGGAACUUGCAGCUUUUGAGAAGAGAUAUGAUCAGGCUGUCUUGAAGAAUUCUGCCUUGGAAGAAGAAUUAAGAUUCUUACAACAAGAGAUCCAGAGGACGGCCAACUCUGCAAGAGGUGAAAUUGAAAAAUUACAGCUGGUUGUAGCGAAUCAAGGGAAGGAAAUUGCAGAGAAGACUGCUUAUAUUGAAGAUUUGGAGAAAGUUGCUAAGGAGCAUUAUGAAUCUUACACCAGUGAACUUAUAGCAGCUGAAGAGGAUGUAGCCAGAUGGAAGGAGGCAGCCACUGCAGAAGCUGCUGCAGGAGCAGCAGUUCUAGAGGAGCUAGAGAAACGUAAUAAGGAGAUUAUUACGUUGAAUGAGCGUAUUUCGGAGCUGAAAGAGAUGGUAGAAGAGGCCAACAGUAAGGUCAGCUCUAAAGAACAAAUGGCCAUGGCCGCCAUUGCUGCUCGAAACGCUGCUGAAAGAUCACUCCAGAUUGCGGAUGAACGAGCUUCAGACCUGCGCCAUAGAGUCGAAGACAUGACUAGGGCACUCGAAGAACUGGAGCCGGGAGGUGAUUUUUGGGCGCGAGGAGUCCUGGACAUGUGCUGGCCUUGGAUGCGUGGGCGGGGUAGACCCGGUAUAAAUGCGGGAGGACCACAGCCAGUCCGUAACUCAGCAGAAAUGGAGGAGCUACUUGAGCCUUGGUUGAGAUAGGUCAUUUAUAUUUCGGUCAUCCUGUCAUCCUGUGGUAAAUAUUUCCCACAGUACUCACAAAGCUGACGGUGCCUCAUCUCUCGGAGGUAAUCGUGUAAUUCUCUUGCUGGAGUUCACAAUGCCAAUUGCUCCAAGAUAUUUCUUGUGGCAACUCUAUGGAAGCGCAGCCUUUUGACCAGCGAAACUGGAGGCCCUUCUGGCUUAGCCUUGCUGUAGCUUUUCCCCUCACUGAGGACAUCUAUACAGUGCCAGUGGAUUGCCUUCAGACUUUUGAUGCAAUCACGCUUAUAAGCAAACAAGAUCGAUUGAAGACGACAUGCGAGGAUCAGCAACAGAGCACAUCGGGUCCACUAGGUGAAAAGAAUAAAUUAUCAAGCAUUGAAGCCAAGCAGGAAGCUUGACGGGAGCUUCGUAGCGAAUAGAGGAGGAUGUGGUUGCAUGAGAUUAAGACCUAACACCUACGUCGACUGUCGGGAGAGUAACCAGUUUUGGAUCUGGUACUAUCGUUCAAGGCAGAAGUUAAGAGGCCGAACAGAUUGUGGUCGAUUAGAACAGGAUGAAGGAUGCAUUACAGAUUGUUAGUCUCUAUAUUGACUCGAAGAUACAUGAUUCUUCUGAUCAGGAAAACAUGUCCAAAUCUUGUUUUGAAUGUGUCAUGAAUUGUUUCUUGCUGAGUGGGGGAACCUCAUCAGACACGGGAAUCCAAAAGAUGCUUGGUCGAACCCAGGAAGGAAUUGGGUUGCCAGUGUAGUCUGCAUCAAUGUGGAAGAUCGAGUUGAAAUGACAAACAAAGAGACCCUCUUUUACACAGUUUGCGUCAAUAAAACGGGUCAGAGCACCUUAUGUAAAACAU